GUGUUUGCGUGUUGUGUUCCGCGGGGUGUGAUCCGUGUACCAGCGCCACAUUGCUAGCAAACAAGAAGAACUUAACGUUAUAAUACGCAGCAAGUAGAUGAAGAGGCUGUGAACGACUCAAACAGAAGCUCACCUGUCAGGUAUGGGGACUGUUCCCAGCACAUGUGAUGGUGGCACUGGGUUAAAGCACGAUGGGAGUGGCCAAGACAAUGACCACCAGCCUAUAAUUGAGAAGGAUGAACUCAAGAGGCGGAGCUCCAACAGGAGAGACAGCACAGGAGAAACACUUCACUGUCCAACCUGCCAGGGUACUGGACGUAUACCUAGAGGUCAGGAGAGCAUGCUGGUGGCUGUCAUUCCCUGUAAUGACCAGAGGCUGAGACCCAGACACACGAAGCUGUAUGUUGCUGUGUCCAUCAGUGUGUGCCUCCUUGUCAGCUCCCUGGUGUUGUUCUUCCUCUUUCCUCGCUCUGUCCUUCUGUCUCCAGUAGCUGUGAAGUCAUCCUUUGUAUAUUUCAUUGAAGACAAAGUCCAAAUUAACAUCACGAAUGUGUUGAACAUCACCAAUGACAACUUUGCAGCAGUGCAGGCCUAUAAUCUGACAGUGCAGGCCCUCAACUUUGACACAGUGGUGGGAACAGUGUCCAUUAAGAAUGUGGCCUCUGUCAAACCCCUGUCCAUCAAAACGUACUCCUUCGUGAUCCCCAUCAAGCUGACAGACCCUGACCUGAGUAUCUACUGUAAGAAAGCUUCCUUACCCGUCCACAUUCUGUAUGUGCACCUACAGAUGUCUAUGACUGUUUACUACCUGGCCCACUAUGAGCAGCUCUCUCUGGAGACAUACGAGUACAUUGACUGUGGAGCAAACAGUACCAUACCACACCAUGUACAGCCCCCGCCACCCUGAUGAAUGGACACAUGGUGGACAUACUGUUUUUUCUUCCAAGAACGAUGACACUAAAAUGUUCAAUAAGAUAUGAUGAUGUAGCAGGAUGCCAUUCAUUCUCAUUCUGGAGUGAUGGAUGAAGAGGCCUGGAAAGCUGGUAAAAGAUGUUUGGUUUGGUGGAAUCAAACUCUGGUGGGUUUGCCCAGUUAGUGCAGUUGGUUGGUGAGAAAGGUGUUAAUCGAACCCUGGUGACAGGACCUCAGUCCGCUUGGACUCUGCUUUGGUUUGUUUGUACACUGAAAACAAACACAUCAACCACAGUAUGUUGUGAUAGCAGAUUCAAAAGUGUAAUACUAAUAAAUCCAUCUCUGUUCAGGAAGCCAUUUUAUAAUUGCUCUGUAUGAGAAGUAAAUAUAUUAAUGUAAGUAAUUUGGUAACCAUGGUAACGAGUGCAGGUAUUUUACCCUGAUUAGCAGGCAAAAGCAGUUAAAAGUCUCAUCUGUUGUAUUUGUAAACUCUAUGUACUUUGUCAGGUCAUUAAGUCCAUUAAAAAGACGUGUGAUCCCCCCAGUA